CGACGCGACAAUUCGCGAUUGAUAUUGAUUUGAUCCUCUACGUGGGCCCUGGUGUCUCCAGAAUCAUUGCCUGACAAAGUCAUUUUCGGAAUUCCAGCAACUGGAACUUAUUGAGAUCCAGGUGCCCUAUCCAUUUAAUACUCCUCGACGAUUGUCUUCUUAUCGAUCAUCUCCAUAUUCUCACCCUCGUGUCUCCCCUAUCACCAUGGAGCAAGAGCUCCUAACAUUGCUUGCAGACACUCAGUCGCCGGUCGCCGAUACGAGAAAGGCUGCUGAACUCCGACUUAAAAGUUUUUAUCCCGACGAGAGUUUCCCUCUCACUCUUGCUGCUAUAGCCUCGCACAACUCCGUUCCUACCAACCUCCGUCAGUCUGCCCUUUCCGUUCUUCGGGCUUUCAUCGCCGAUGCCUGGUCCCCGGUUCUUGAUGAACACAAAGGCCAAUUCCUUGUCAACGACGAAAACAAGGCCCAGCUUCGACGAGUUCUGUUGGACUUAGCCACCGUUGCCGAUACUCCAGAGCGCAAGGUCAAGUCGGCUGCCAGUGUCAUCGUCAGCAAAAUCGCCAGCGCCGAUUACCCCGAACAGUGGCCAGACCUUUUGCAAUCAUUGCUGCAGACCAUAAAUGAUGUCAACUGUACCACCAGUGCUCUUCACGGUGCAUUGAAGGUCCUCUUGGAUCUUGUGGACACCGGAUUUAGUGAGGAUCAGUUCUUCGAUGUCGCUCGGGAUCUCGUCUCCACCCUCUUCAACGUGGCCACCAAUCAGUCGAGAAAGCCGAUGUUGAGGGCUCUGGCAGUCGCAGUAUUCCGGGCUUGUUUUGAUACGUUGGAAAUGGUUCUCGAACAGCACAAGGUGGAUGUUAAACAAUUUAUGGACGAAGUACAUGGUAACUGGUCUCCGUUCUUCCUUUCGACUCUGAAGGCCCCUCUGCCACAAGCUCCCAGUGAACAAGAGUCUAAAGAUGCCGAGAUACCCUCCCAAUGGAGAGGUGUUAUUGGGUUGAAGUUGCAGGUGGUCAAGAUCUUGAUGAAAAUUCGCAUGGUGUUUCCGGGACUUUUGACAGCCCAGAGCCCCCAAUACUUCUCCACUAUCUGGACUGAGCUUUCCAACAUACAGUCUACUUAUCACGAAUUCUACAUCGACGAUGAGAGGCAAGGUCGUCUGGAGGAUGUCGACGGACUCCCAUACACGCUGGACUUCUUAGUUCUCGAGGAAUUGGAUUUUAUCCAGAUGCUCUUGAAGGCGCCACCGGUCAAGGCAGAGCUUCAGCAACAGCUUCAAAACGCCGGGCCGUCUGCGGCAACUGCUAGUUGGCUGCCCGAAAUCAUGAGGCUGGCGGGCUCAUAUGCUCAAAUUACAUCGGAGGAAGAAGGUUUGUGGGGCGUGGAUGUGAAUCUUUUCCUCUCGGAGGAGACUUCGGUUACUGCAAACUACACACCCCGUACAUGCAGUGGAGAUCUCGUGGUCAAGAUCGGAGAAUGGCUCAAGAACACUACGGUUGAAGGCCUACACGCGUACCUGAAUGCUCUAUUCUCUGAUCCAUCUUCUACGUGGAGAUCAAAAGAAUCAGGCCUCUAUAUUCUCAACCAACUACUUCGGGACUUCAGCGAGGUUUCCCAGCAGAUACCCUCUGAGCUGGUUACUGGAUUCAGCAACAUCAUUCAGUAUUCCAUCCAACAAGAAGACGAGUAUUUGCGAGCCCGAGGCUACCUUGUGGCCGGAAUUCUAUGCCAGGUCGCAGACACGUCUUUCCAGCAAACCGCUGUCUCCUACCUCGAAGCCACUCUCAAGACGAUCUCUGAAGAUGCUUCUGAAGUAGUCAAAGUCUCCUGCAUUCGAUCUCUUCAGGACCUUAUGCCCUCACUUCCUCCAAGUGCUACCGUGCAUCUUCAAGCUGCCGUUAUUUCAGCCUUGUCGGAGUUCGUAGCCACGCAGGAUUUUUCUGAACUGUCCGAUAGUGAUGACCUCAAGGUCACCAUCGCAGAGACACUUCGCGAUACAAUCAUGGUUAACCCCAAUGUUGUUUUGUCGUCUGCCGCCAUUGAUGUGCUGUUUGCAGUCGCCAGUAACGGGGCUACCAAUUUUCAGUUGACUAUGAUCGUCACGGAAGCAUUCGAGGACAUUGUAGAAUCUAUUGCCGGGGGUGGCCAAGAGAAUUUUGUUCGUCUCUGCGAGAAGGUUCUUCCUUCUUUGACAGGGGCUAUCGAUGUCGGCAACCUGACCCAGGAAAAUGCUCUGACAAUUUUGGCUGCGGACCUUCUACGGGCUCUUGCAGAAGGGGCCUUGGAACCUUUGCCUGCCGGCUUCGUGGAGACUGUCAUGCCCAAGUUGAGUCGUCUGCUGCUCGAUUCAACCGAGGCAGACCUGAUCCGUCCAGCUACGGAGGCAGUCCGCAAUAUGCUUUCUCAUGAUUUCAACCAAUUCAUUACUUGGAGAGACCCACAGAGCGGAAAGGAAGCAAUUGAGAUUACCUUGAUUAUCAUUGACCGCUUACUGAGCCCCUCCAUCGAUGACAACGCGGCGACAGAAGUCGGGCAACUGGCCGCAGAGUUGGUAGAAAAGGCACGUUCCGAAUUCCUUGGUCCCUAUCUGCCACAGCUUCUUCAGGCUGUUGCCCGGCGACUUGCUACCGCGGAGCAGGCCCAGUUCAUCCAGAGUUUGAUUCUCGUCUUUGCGCGGCUGACGCUGAUCAGUGCCGCCGAAGUUGUUGAUUUCCUUGCACAGGUUGACAUCCGCGGCCAGCCUGGGUUGCCCAUUGUGCUGAGCAAGUGGCUCGAAAAUUCGGUCAACUUCGCUGGGUACGACGAAAUCAAACAAAACAUCUUUGCGCUGGCAGCGCUGUACAGCCUGGGAGAUCCUCGCUUGUUCCAAGUGCAGGUCAAGGGCGAUCUCAUCAUCCAGGACACUGGCCGUAUCAAGACCCGAUCUCAGACCCGCAAUAACCCUGAUCGAUACACGAUGGUCACAGCCCCCUUGAAGAUCAUCAAGGUCCUGGUGGAGGAGCUGGCUGCUGCCUUCGGCAGCAAGGAACUUGACGCGGCCACCGCGGCUGCCCUGGAAGAGGAAGGCAGUGAUGACGAUGAAUGGGAAGAUAUGCCGGGCAACACCCUUGACCUAAAUCUGGGCAUCACGAAGCAGGAGCUCAUGGCAUUUGGCGAGGGCGGAUCAGAAAGUGUGUUCGGGGUGCGCAAGCGAGAUGAUGAAACGCAAGAGUUUUUGUUGGGUUUCUUCCGUAAGGCCGGCAGUACGCCCGAGUUCCAGCAGCUUUAUGAUGGCUUGACUCAGGCCGAGAAGGAAAAGCUACAGAGUCUGAACUGAUUGGACUUGCUGGCCGGUCGUGCGGGCUGGUGCCAACAGAUUACGGAUAGCGCUUUCUAAUUAGCUGUCGAUGGAGAUUACGGGUGAACAUGUUGGAUGCUUGCAUAGAUACUCCUAAUGAUUGUAUGAACAGGUGGGAUUAGUCGUCGCAAUGAAUACUGCUGGUGCAGUCC